AUGCAAUGCCGUGAUGCAGGGCCUGAGUAUAUCAAGGAGCCCAGUCUAAGCAAAGUCUUAAAUGCCUCACUCAUAGGAACACACCCUCGUCUCAUAAGGAUACAGUCGCAUCCCUUAGAACAGACAGGCAUGAAGGAAGCUCUUGUAUCCCUCUUGUCAAUAGAUCCAGAUGACACACUCAGGCCUCUGUCCUCACUCUUCUGUACUCACGCUUCUGGAUUUCUUACUCAGACGCUCGACAGAUCGAUGUCUUGGUAUAGAAAAUUCAUCAUCCAGCGUGCGUGUAGGAAGGUCACGGGGUCACCUGGGGUCGCGUGGGGUCCUCCUCCUCCUUACACCCCCCGCUUCUCGAGUUCAGAUAUCCUGAGAACCUCCCCUGCGGACUCCCAAGUGGAAAGCGAGAAGGCACUGGACCUUGAGGCCAACAACAUAACAGAACUUCAAAGUUUUAGUUUUUUCAAGUUGAAGUUAGUAAGUCUUAACCUCAAAGGAAAUGGCAUUAAGCUGAUAUCAGAGUAUGCAUUCGAUGGACUUCAUGAAACUCUGGAAGAGUUAAAUCUUAUGAACAACAAACUUAAACAACUUCCGAUUCCAGCACUAAGACGACUGAGUAAGCUUAGAACUUUAAAAGCAACCUGGAAUCGCAUAUCCGAUGUAAUAAACGAUGGAUACUCACGGCUCCCAGCUCUUGAAGUACUUGAUCUCAGCAGCAACCACUUCACACAGCUGACAAGUUCCACCUUAGGCACUAUGCCCGUUCUUCUCUCGCUUUCCAUGUACAUGAACGAGAUCUCGGUUUUGUCAGGCGAUGCCUUCGUUCAGAACACGAGGCUACAAACGCUUUAUCUGAGCCACAAUGAUAUCACUAAUGUGGAGCCGGAGACCUUCACUUACACCAUCUACAUUAGAGUAAUUGAUCUUGGCGACAACCACCUCCACUCUAUCAGCAACGGGAUGUUCAGGAACCUCCCAGAAAUCCAGGAAAUAUUCCUCAACAGCAAUAAUAUUCUGAAGAUCAAAAAUGACACUUUCACAAAUUCCACAAAGAUCACGGUGUUAUAUCUUCAGAACAACGAAAUUCACUCUAUUGAAAGUGGAGCCUUUGCUAAUUUGGAACUUUUAUUUGACCUCCAGCUCAGUUCAAAUAAUUUGGUACAAAUUCCCGCUGGUUUGUUCAGCACGACAAGAAGCUUAAGUUCAUUAAGUCUGGACAACAACAGGCUCACGAGCCUGAACAAAGGCACUUUUGCACACCUCUCUGAGCUUCGGGAGCUUCGCCUGCAGAACAACAGACUUACUAGAAUUGAACGUGGAGUCUUUUUACCACUGCCAAAUCUUCUUGAGUUACACCUUCAGAACAACAGAAUAAAGUUUAUUGAAAAAGAAGCAUUUUCAAUGUUACAAAAUCUUCAACAUUUGAAUUUAGAAGGAAAUAAAUUGACUGAACUUCCUGAUUCUCUUAGCCGUUACCCUGCAAAUUUGAUAACCUUGAAAUUAUCGAGAAAUGAGAUAAAUACUAUACACUCUGAUGCAUUUAGGGGGCAAAAUAAACUCGAGAUUUUUUGGCUAAAUGAUAAUAAUGUUACCAACGUUACAAAAGGGAUGUUAAGUGACCUCUCAUCAUUACGGGAGCUUUACCUCGAAAACAAUCAAAUUAGGCGCAUAGAAGACAAAUCAUUUGAGACCAUGAAGAAACUCAAGCAGCUUUCGUUGUCUAACAAUGAACUGCAACACGUCAGCUCUUUGCUCUUUGAGGGGCUGACAAUGCUCGAGAGACUUAACAUGAACGAUAAUGAGAUCAUGGACAUCGAACCACAGACUUUCCAGAAAUUGCCAAACUUGACCACUCUAGACCUCUCCAACAACCAGAUCUUCGUGAUAAGGCGUUACAUGUUUGAGGGUUCGAUACCUCUCAGGACACUCAAUCUGAAAGGGUCAAUGAUUAACGAGAUUGAUCCUGAUGCCUUUGCAGAUCUCAGGUUCUUAGAGGAGCUGAACCUGAAGAAAAACAUGCUUGUCAGUCUGCAUAAACUCUAUUUUAGAACACCGAGUAUAAGGAACCUAAAUCUGGCCGAUAAUCAUUUUGAUACAGUGGCUGAGGACUCCCUGUACGAUCUGCCUAAUCUAGACACUUUAGAUCUAAGUGGCUGCAGGUUGGAGAACCUUCCGGCUCAUUUGUUGGCUGAAGCUUCUGAGCUGAGGACUCUCAAUCUGGCAAGGAACAGUUUCAGGUUUUUGACAGCGGCACUCUUCCAGAAAAUGCGUAGAUUAAGGGAAGUAGACCUUUCAUACAAUAACCUAACAAACCAGGUCAUGACUUCACUUGAAGGGUUAAGGAAACUGGAGCUUUUAACCCUGAAUGGAAAUCCACUCUCUUCUCUGAGUGGAUCUUUGAAUGAUCUAACUGGCUUAAGGGAACUUUACCUGUCUAAAACAAAUUUGAGAUCAAUGGAUAAUACUGUUUUCUCCAAACUGAAAAACCUAAAGGAAUUAGAUCUAUCAGGUAAUCAACUCUCAGAUUUACCGCCUGGUGUGUUCGCCAAUUUGAGCAUCACAAGGCUUAAUCUAGCAGACAAUAUUUUCAGCCAGAUUCCAAAUGCCAUGUUCUUAGAUGGCAUGGCUUCCCUCACGACACUCAACAUGUCUGGCAAUCCGAUGAAGCGAGUUACAGGAAUCCUGGUGGCAGGAGGACCUCCGCUCGCAGCCCUAGAGGAACUAGAGGCCUCAAGGACUAACCUCACACUACUAACGAGCCAUGACCUACUUCUAACACCUUCCCUACGUUCCCUCAACCUUGGGCAAGCCGCAAUAGCGAAGAUCUCUCCAGGAUGCUUCAGAAACCUCACGCAACUUACUCAUCUCAACUUGGGCUUCAACCACUUGGAAAUCCUGCCUCGCGAGAGGCUCAGGGGACUGAAGAGUCUCUCUCACCUCAACCUUACAGGAAAUAGUCUCAAGAAGUUGGAUCAGCUUCCUUCUGACUCGCAUAUGUUGAAGGUGCUGGACGCAUCGGGGAACAUGCUGACAGAACUCGAGGAGUCCACCUUCAGGCACGGCAGCAGCUUGGAGCGCCUGCUUCUCCAGAACAACUGGAUCACCACCAUCCACCCUCGGGCCCUCGCUCCGCUCAAGAGCCUCCAGGACCUCGACCUCACCAACAACUACAUCGAGGAACUGAACACCGUCGCCCUCAAGCCCGUGGAGAAGAGCCUGGUCACCCUGAAGCUGGGAGGGAACCCCUGGAACUGCGGCUGCGAAGUGAGCGAACUCUGGUCGUGGCUGCAGGAUCACUUGUCCUACAUCCCGGAGCCUGAGGUCGUUAAGUGCGAGCUGCCAAAGGCACUGCAGGGCCACUCCUUCCUACUUCUGUCCUCGUCAGCGUUCUGUCCUCAGCCCCUGAUCCUACGGCUGGCGAUCCAGGACAUCCAGAGCCAGUCGCUGCUGGUGUCAUGGCAGGCGGCCAACUCCACCUCGAUCUAUGGGUUCAAGGUGUCCUUCCAGAUCACGGCGGGCGACGGCCGCGUCCUCGGCUCCCUCAAGUCGCGCUCGCUGCCGUCCAGCCCGAGGACGUUCCAGCUGGAGGGGCUGCGGCCGGACACGAGCUACCUCAUCUGCGUGCAGGGCCUCACGACCGCUCUCCGGCCGGUGUCCAGGGCGAGGCCGCACACCCAGGAGGACGCCAGCGCGCCCGACCAUCCCCCGGAUCUAGACACGAAGUGCACGCGCGUCCGCACCCUGGAGCAGCCUCAGGCGCAGACGGUCCUGGACAAUCGGCUGGCCAUCAUCAUUGGGGUGACGCUGGGCGUGAUCAUCGUUGCGCUGGUGGUGAGCAUCAUCUGCUGUUGCAAGCUGUGCAAGAAGACCCGCGAGCCGGCCAAGCCAGAGAACCCCGGCCCUCAAGACUACCUCAGUUAUCGACAUUUCUCCAUCCCCGGCAACGAGGCCAACUCCUACGAAGGAUACACUGCCUGCUAAGCCGAGCCGCCCUCCGCGGCAGACGACGCCCUUUUGUACCUUUUUUUUGCACGUGAGAUUGCCUACAGGAAGUGGCGCGUGGCAGGUCGUUAGCGUGCAGGAAGUACCUCGCCCUCCUUGGUGUGGGGUGACGGGGAGGCGUGUCCCUCCCCUCCUCCUCGCCUUUCCCCUCAGAUAAAAGGGGAAAAAACAACGCCCACCUCGAGGGGAGAAGGCCCAAGAUAGCCAGAGAAGUGUAGACAGUCGCAAAGGCGGUCGUUAAAAACUGUUCCGAUAUACGAACUGGUAAAGGAUUUCCAGCGAGGAAAAUGAGAAAAUAAUAACCAUGGUAUACGUAGAAAGAAACUGAAAGAAAGUGGAGAAGAACUUUGCCAAAAUGUGUGAGAGGCGUUAUAAGAGGACGGAAAUAGAAUCAAGUGAAGUCAAGUGGGAUGAAGUGAAGUUAUAUAAUAUGAAAGAAAAACGAGCCAAUGAACGAACGACUCAUGAGCGAAAUUUCUGUCCAGUUGUGUCAAUGGCGGUCAAACUGCCCCCGCUUUUCGAAGGACAGUGAUAGAGAGACUGCUUUCUCGCCCCUUUCGAACACCAGCCAAUAAGGGAAGGGUGACUGAGGCAGCUGCGAGGAGGUGAACACGCCGAGUCCAGUGCUAGCCAUGCCCCCGCUUCAACUCACGCUUCAAAAUGUGUGACAGACAAACUGACAAUGGAAUAAUUUGCCACUAGAAUUUGGCUGAAAAAAGUAGGAAAAGAAUCUGUGAAGAAAAUUUUGUUGUUUGUUUCCGACGUGAGGAAAAAAAGAUAAAAAAAAAAGACGGUGUGUGACUAUGAAUAUGCAUUUAUAUAGCUUAAGUGUGAGUCUAGUUCUCUCGGGCGACGACCAAAGACGCACGUGUUAUACCUUCGACAGUCGCAAGUGUGGUGCUACAGUUUAUACUAGGUAAGGUUAAGGGCCGUCCGCCACGUUCGCUGUGGUCUUGGUGACGCGAAUUUGAGGGAAAAAAAAGAAGAAAAAGAAUAAAGAAAGUAAGGAAGAGGAGGAGGAAGUGUAAUCAAUCAUAGGGUCGCGUGCGGUUCGGAUAUACAUGGAAUUCCCUGACAUGCGGCGUGAAACGAGUCUUCCUGCUGUUUCAUCCUCGAGACAGGAAGAAAUGAAAAACGAGAAUGAGAGAGACAGAAGAAAGCUCGAAAAUAAUCUUCGGAAAAAGAUGAUGUGAAAUACAUAUCUGGUAAUGAUACUUUCAUUGUUAUGUGUCUUUGACUUACUGAUUAUUAGAACAAACAUACAUGGAAAUAUCGAAACUAAAGACUGCAGUGUAGAAGUAUCAAAGAAAUAUCAGACAAAUAAAAGUAGGAAAACGCAUGGCGAAAAUGGCGGUGAAAGUAUAUUUGACCUGAUCAUUAAUUCAGCUCUUCAUUACAGCUGCCACAGGCUCUCGGAGGCCCUGAAAUAACGAUGAACCAUUCACCGCAAAGUGGCAGGCUCGCUGUUUCAUGCCUUUCUCUCUCUGUCUCAUAUUUACUAUUCAUCUAUUUUAUUUAUGUCUAUUUCUCUAAUUCAGCCUAUUUCUCUCUAAAGAUAUAUUUUGUGUCUUCAAUAUUGUUUUAAUGUUAUCGUUUUUUUUUCAUUAUUUUACAUUAUCACAAAUAAUAUUUCUAUUAUCUUUAUUUUUUUUCAAAUUGGGCAAGUGAUCAACUAAAUACAUGUCAAUCAAGAGUUCCUUUUACAGUGUUGUACUUAUGGCAGAUUUUUUUUCUCAUGUUUUCUCAAAUAACACCUUAUAACCUAUUGCUCUCUUAAAUAGCCCCACUUUCUCAUUUUUUACAAAGCCACGCAAUGAAGAGAAUAUGUUAUUUAAAUCGGAUACAUAUAUCAUUCAAUCAUAAACAACCAGGUAAGUUCAAGCUUACAGUAAAUCUAUAUGAACCAAUACAAGAACGUGUUUAAGACUUGUAUCAGACAAUCCGAAAAUUAGAACAGUUAGUGUAUUUACACACUUCGUUAUCACAACAGGGCUGAAAAAGAUAUUAAAUCAAUAAAACGAAAGAUAAUGCAAUCAAGGUAUCUGUUUUUUUCAUCUCGCAAGCUGCAGGUUAUCGUAACUUUAAUUACGAAAGUUCGACGGCAGUUAAGAGAUAUUUCCCACAUGUUAUCUGACCGGCCGAAGGAAAGAAAAAAUAAAGGUCAGGAAAAGGGGGAAAAAAAUGAAGAAAAAAAAUCUCACUGGCGAUUUUAAAACUCCGUGACUGGACGUGAUUUUUUUAGUGUUUGGUUGUGGGAAAGACUGACCAUAUUGUGUACAUAUAUUAUUUUUCAUUUUCCAAAGUGAAUGUGCUGUCUCAUUUAUUGUUCUUGAAAUUUGCUGGGUGUUAACAAACGUACGAGUCAUAAAUUCCAAAGGAUGAUGUAUGUAAAUAUAUAUUUUUUUUCUUCCUCUCUCUGCCACAGGAAGGUAGAGUAACGUUGUGAUGAAUAAACUGUAUAUCUCUUAUCAGCUGUGGCGAUUAUGGUUGGAAAGAUAAUCAUGAAAGGCUGAUAAAAAAAAGACAGAGAAUUGACCUUUUUUUCUCUCUCAACUGAGUUUCUUUCUUCGCCAGUGACCUUCUAGAUGGGUGAAGGUCAGUUUGGGUGGAUGUAAUGUAUAAAUGUAACACGAAUAACAUGAGUGAUCGGACCAGCGAGGGGAAAAUCAACACGUUUCCCCUUUUUGGCUCUACAGGACAGGAAGAGUUCCUUCUUUCCCUUCUUCCUUCAGCCCUUCACUCCCCUCCCCCGCCCCCCCACCUCGCCCCACCCCCCACCCCCCUUCCCCCGUUCAUAGGCCCUCCCACAUCACGAAGCACUGGCCAUUUCAGGUGUUUGUUAGAAUAUCAUCACGUAUGUCACCUAUUGUUUAAGCUGAGAAUCCUGUGUCAUCUUGUCAUUCACAUACACAUACGCACACGCAGAGAAAAAACAGUUGCAUAGACAUAAACAAGUACAAACAGGCACACAAAUGCAUACAUAAUACUGUAACAUUUCUACAAACAUGUACACAAACACACAUAUAGAAGCACCUACAUAAACUAUGACACUUCUGCAAACGUGAAGCCCACACACACACACACACACACACACACACACACACACACACACACACACACACACACACACACACACACACACACACACACACACACACACACACACA